AUGUCUGACGAGGUUAUCUGGAAUGUCAUCAACAAUCAGUUUUGCUCAUAUAGGGUCAAGACAGACAAGAAUCAGUCACUUUGUACAAAUGAAUAUAAUGUAACGGGAUUGUGCAACCGGAGAUCGUGCCCACUUGCAAACGCCAAAUAUGCCACGGUUAAAAAUGAUAAUGGAAAGCUAUAUCUAUAUAUGAAAACUGCAGAGAGAGCGCAUACUCCAAACCGGCUCUGGGAGAGGAUCCGUUUAAGUCGGAAUUACAAAACGGCAUUAAAGCAAAUAGACGAUCACUUGCUAUAUUGGAACAAGUUCAUGAUACAUAAGUGCAAGCAAAGACUUACAAGAUUAACGGAGAUUAUGAUAAUGGAAAGACGGAUGGCAUUAACAGAGCAGGAGAGACAUUAUGUGCCUGUGAAGCACAAGAUCAUAAACAGGGAGAGAGCAAGAGAGAGAAAGGCGUUGGCUGCUGCCAAGAUUGAGAAGUCUAUAGAAAAAGAGUUAAUGGAGAGAUUAAAAUCAGGUGCAUAUGGUGACAAGCCUUUGAAUGUGGAUGAAAAGAUCUGGAAGAAGAUUCUUGGCAAGAUGGAUGAGGAGGAAGCCGAGAAAGAGGAGCAGGAGGAAGAGAGUGAGAUGGAAGAUGAGUUUGAGAUUGAAAGUGCUGAGGAAGGUGAGGAUGAAGAUGUCGGAAAGGUGGAGUACGUUGAGGCAGAUGAUGAUGAGGAUGAAAAGCAGAGUAUGGUCGACAUGGAAGAUCUUCAGGAUUGGUUACAAGGGUCGUCGGAUUCCGCCUCUGAGAGUAAUGAAGAAGAAAGCUCAGAUUCCGAAGAUAACAAAUCAUCAAAGAGAAAGGCAGACAGUGAUGAUUCUAACAAAAAGAGAAGAAGACGCAGGCCAAGAAUCGAGGUUGAGAUUGAACAGGAGGAGGAACCGCUCACUAAUAUUCAGGAAUGA